AUGACUGCUAAAGGAACUAAAAGAAAUGCUAUUAUACCAAAUGAUUUGAGUGAAGAUGAGGUGGACUCAUUUGACUCUGACGAUGAAAUGAAUAAUGUGACACUUACUUUAUGGAACGAACUGAAUAUGAGCGAAAAAUCUUCAAUAAGUGAAAGUGAUAGUGAAGCAAAUGAUAUUGAAGAAAGUGAAGAAAAGAUUGCAGUUCCAGUAGCUGAUUUUGUUGACAAUGUACCACCAUCACCUAUUCGUGAUGAACUACAACCGAUUAACUAG